UACGUUUUCUUCGUUUGGUGAGGAAAAUUUUCUGCUCGCUGCACCAGGUUUGGGAUUUGUUUUAACGCCACCGUUUGUCCUCAUCGUCCGGUGGUGUUCGGUGUGAUGUGUGGUGUUUGAUGAGUUUUCCGAAGAGUUCCCCGGAGGCAGAUUAGAAACCGUAACACGGUUCAUAAAGUUCGUCGUGUCGAAAGGUCGGUUUUUUUUUGUUUCCCUGAUCUCCGCGCCAUUGUCGUAGUCGUGCUGAGAAAGGCCUUCGCCAGAUACCACACCCAGAAUAUGGUGUAAAAAACUCUGCUUACAAACGUGAAAGGUUACUGGGGCAGAUUAAUUAUAGCUCUGCUGGUGAGAAUGCAGGCAAGUUGUGCUUUGUGACAUCCGAAGACCGGUUAUGUCCGAAAGAAGUCAAUUCGUUUGAGCGAACCGGAAACUGCGAAGUUAGCUGUUCUGAGUGUGUGUCUCAGCUGCCCCAGCUGAUGAUGAUAAGAGAGUUAAAACAAAAAAAAAAUCGAUGAACCCAAACUUCCAUUAUCUUAAUAAUAGUGGGAUUAAGUUCGGUUGUUAGGAACGUUGAUGAAAAUCGUCUGAACUACCGGAAAAAAAUACCCAAGAAGAGACCGCAGCUAGUUGGAAACUAAUUUACUGCAAAUUUUCCAAUUCCAGCUCAGGCGUCUCCCGGAAGGCGUCUCGUUAUUUGUGGGAACACAAGCAGGGAGAAGAAGAAACUCCAGGAAAUCUGCUGAAGUUGGUCUUGAUUCUAGUGAUUCCUGUCCUGAGACGAGGUUUAGUGGUGGGUGUGGGUGUUUGUGCGAUAAUCCAAUCCAGGCGAAUAGCUUUGUUUGCGUCUCGUCGUCGUCGAGGUUUUCGCAAGGUCGCAGCAAGGAAGAAGAGUACCGAAAAACAACAUGCUCCGCAUGUAAUCAACGACGACGAUAAUAAGGUCAAUCUGUGGGAAGUUUUGUGCUGUUCGUCGGAUGGAGUUUUGUAGUUCCGGGAAAAGUGUGUGAGCGUGUGCUGUUCAUUAAUAAGUAAGCUACGAAACACGGCUCCAUUCCGGUGUAAUUAGGGGAGAAACCGUUUAAGGGAGGUUUUCGUUUUUGGGAAGUGGGAGGCAUGUGUAGUUUGAGGUGAAACGGAAAAGGCCAUGUGCUUGAGAUAAGCGAUAAGCAAUCGCUAGAAGUGUUCCGAGUAAAUCGUUAUCUAGCUUAAAAAAAGCAGUUUAAACUAGUGUGAGGUAGCAAUUAACAAAUAAAACGGAUACAGCAUUCUGUAAAUUCAACACAAAAUGUACCACCGGAAAGUGUUACUGGCCUUUCUGUUCACAAUGCAAUAUUUGAAACUAAUCCGGACGCUGCAGCUGCAGGAAAUCCUGGUACCGGAAGUGGUUGACGUUCGGGAUCAGCCGACCCUGUCCUGCAGCUACGAUAUGGGCAGCCACAAGCUGAACUCGGUCAAAUGGUACAAGGACGAGAAGGAGUUUUUCCGGUACUCCCCAAUGAUGGAGCAGAACGUGAUGGUAUUCCCGGUCGAGGGUGUGACGGUGCUCCCCAAAUCGGCGGCCCACUUCUGCAACCGCUUCAUGUGCAGCAUCCAGCUGCACAAACUGAACAUCAAAUCCAGCGGCUCGUAUCGGUGCGAGAUUUCCGGCGAUGCGCCCGAAUUCAAGCUGGCCCACGGACAGUUGAACAUGAGCGUUGCAGUUCUACCCCAGUACGAUCCGAUUAUCAAUGGGCUGCAGCACAACUACAACCUGGACGAUUUUGUGGUGGCCAAUUGCUCCUCGGACAUGUCCAGUCCACCGGCUCGACUUUACUGGUUCAUCAAUGAUCACAUUGUCCCGGCCGAAUAUCUGCAGCCUCAGCAAGAAACGACGAUCGAAAAUGAUGGGUUCUCGCUGCGGUAUCGAACUCUGGAGAUUCGGUUUCACAUUGACGAGGGCAAGCUCGGGAAGAUCAACGGCCGGCUGACUCUGAAAUGUUUGGCCCGGAUCGAUGCCAUUCCCCAAGCUUCGCGAGAAUCGACGCAGAUCAUUUACGUUCCGCAGACGGACGAACUGCGGAACCAGAAGCUAGUCAAUUGGCACAGUAGUUCAGGCUCGUCCUUGCAUCGGUGGCGACGAGGAGGAAUUGUGGAGAUCAUCAGCAGCAGCAUCUACCAGCUGCGAAGUCCUGCGGCAAUGGCGGUGGCGAUCCUUCAGCAGCUGCACCAGCAAGCGUACGUAGCCAUUUUGUUAACAACCCUUUCCUCCUCGAUGGCGAUGAUGGCGGCAAUAACUUCGUUAGCCGCCCUGUAA